AUGUUUAAAAGAGAACCUUUUAAUAUUAUUAUAUUUGGAAGAGUAACGACUGUUGUGGCACAAAAAUAUAUACCUGAAGUAACUAAAGCUCAUGAAAAUUUUGAUUCAUUUGAAGUACUCAAAGAGUUGGCGCCUUUUCAUUUUAUUUUAGAUCAUAAUCCAUUUGAUAUUACCGAUUUUCAUGCAAAAACUACUAGGGAACAAAUUAGUGGAAAAUUAUCAUUACAUUUUGAUAAAAUGCAAAAAAAUAUCCUCUAUUGUCUAGAUAAAUGGAUUGGAGAAUGUAAUGAACCUAGGAGUAUUAAACCGAUUUGGAAUUUUACUAAUCAUGUUACUGCUAAGUUAAUUGCAAAUAUUUGUAUAGGAGAAGAAGCAUCUCAACAUGAGGAUGUUAUUCACACAUUUGCGGUAUUAACUGAUGAUAUGAAUCGAUUUUUUUUCUUACCACCAUUCCUUUCGUUUAUUCAUCAGAAAUUACACGAAUUUGUAAUUUCAUUACCGUUUUUAAUUGGAUUUAGUCCAAUUGCAAAGCAUAAAAAAAUUCUUAUAAACCGCAUGAAACCUGUAGUUGAAAAUCGAAUUCAACAAAAGAAAAUUCUUGGUGAUUCAUAUAAACCAUCUGAUGAUAUAUUGGAAUUUUAUAUGUCACAACCAGAUUUUGUUCCAUCAAAUGUGAAUUAUAAUUAUUUUGCUGAUUUAUUGAUUUUUUUAAUUAUUGUUGGUAUCGGGACAACAGGAAAAUCUUUAGCUAAUCUUUUAUUUGAUUAUGCCGGUAGGCCCGAAUAUUGGGAUGAGUUAUAUGAGGAAGCAUCAACAUUUAACAAAGAAUGUAAUGGAAAACUUGCUUUAAAUGAUAUUAACAAAAUGAUAAAAUUGGAUAGUUUCAUUAGAGAAUCUCUCCGACAUACUGGUGAUAUGAUCAUUGUUCCUCAUGCUGUAACUACUGAUCAUUAUACUUUUUCAAAUGGUUAUACGAUUCCCAAAGGACGAAAUGUAUUUGACUUUUCAGAAGAUUGUUUAUUUUCUGAAUCACAAUAUGGACCAGAUUCAAAAUCAUUUAAACCAUUUCAAUUUGUCUCACAAAAUAUUUCAGCAUCAAAAGUUGAUAGAAAUUUUGUGAUUUUUGGUGGAGGUCGUCAUGCAUGUCCUGGUAGAUUUUAUGCUGUUUUAGUUUUAAAAUUAUUUUUAUAUCAUGUUAUAUUAAAAUAUCAUGUUAGAACUGAAAAUGGUAAUAUGCCAAAAAAGUUGAUGGUUGGUCCCAUUUCUAAUCCACCUGAAGAAUCUUUAAUAUUUGAACAAAGAAAGGAAAUUUAA